ACACACACACACACACACACACACACACACACACACACACUCAUUAAGCUGUGUUACCGUGUAUAUAUAGAGUGAAGUGAAACGCUGCUAAUGUAGGUUAUUUAAACCAGAAAAUUGUAGAGGGAAUGCCAUCUGCUUCCGUCAACUGAGAUUACAUAUAUGCGUGAAGUGAAGAUCAAGAGUCAGCUGUGCGGUUGUCGUCAAUGAUGAAGUUACAUGCAAUGCCCUUUCAAUCAUUGGUUAAUGUCAAUAUUUGCGGACAUGCAUUAAAGACUACGCGGAUGGCUUCGGGAUAUAACCACGUCGACUCGCAUCGUUCUCACCAAGCCCGACCCAGAAUUUUAUUAUGAGAAAAUCUGCAACUACUUUAUCGACAUUCACUGCAUUCUGCUUGUAUAAAGGAAUGCUAUCAUAUUUUAUAUAAACUGAUUCUUCAUAUUGGUUGAACCAGAAUCAAAGUACAUAGAAAACCCGUCUGAAUCUAAUUCAGAACCUAGCUUUAAACAUUAAAAAAGAUGUUAACCCAGUUGGAACUUCUCAGUGCGACAGGAGGGCUGACGGUGGAAGAUGAAAAUAUGUCAGUCUCGCCUUUGGAUGAUCUUGCAGAGUAUGCUAUCAAACACACGGACUUUGAAUACUUCGAGGCAGGGCUGUCCAAUGACUCGUACUACGGCAUUCCUCACAAACAGGAUUCCGUCGAGUCCUUCCCAGCCUCCGCCGCCCCAACCACUGUCCUCACGGCGACCGUCUAUGACCCCGCCUGCUAUGACAAUGCGAUUGUACUCUAUGACCAUUAUAUGGAACCUCUUGAAGAAGAGAAGAAACCUUUUGUAGAUGAUAUGAAGCCGCAUGACUUUGAAAAGACGCUGUGCGACGAAGACGGUCAACCAAUUUUAAAUGAACUUGGGUUUGAGGACGAUGCGUCGAGUAAUGACUGCUUCUCAGGAAGUGCUUACAGCAUUAGCACUGACGAUUCUCAAGCCAUUUCCUUUGACUUUGGAAGUGCAGCAGACUCGCUCAACCAAGAUGUCGGCAUCACUGAGGCGAAGCAACUUUCCACAGAGAAAAGUUGGGAUGAAGUGAACACAAAAGGCAAGAUUGGCCCUCUGCAGAGACGGGCGCUGGAUGACAUCUUCAGCGUCACAGACAAGCCUUCCAGAGGUCUCGUGCUCCAUAUUGCUUCAGAAUUAGGACUGCAUCAUCUCACCGUCAAAAACUUUUUCUCCAAUGCUAGAAGACGCUUGCGGCGUGCGGCAGCCAGGCUGAGUGACCCAGAGCGCACCAAGCGUGAAAAUGAACGCAGAAAAGAAAAACGUCGUUUAGCGGCACUUGCCUCGGCCAGCACGGCGAAUGUGGAAGGCAGAGGAUCAGUCUCCCUCACCAACACCUCGAAGGCGCCGACGCCGCGGACGCCUCCAGCUGAGUCCCCGCCGCCUAAGGAAACUGUAGUGUCGCCUGAACGUCGAGCUCUGAUGGAGAAGCUGGCAGACAAGGUCCAGAGGAGUGUAGCCCAGAGAACGUUGGCCGCUGAUUUGGAACUUCUCCGCGGUGCGUCCUCUCACGGCCAUACGAAGCAGUCGCAGAAAAUAUUUUCAGUUCCUCCUCCACAGGAGAUUCUGAUUCCGCCCCCAAGUGACCUGCUUUCCCACGCCUCCUCAGACAUUUUGGCAGAGUCAGCCCGUGAACUACUAGGGCCAUCCGAUGACUUUCUGCCCCAACCUCCCCACACUCUUGACACUGACCCCUCCUCAGCCUCAGCCCUCUUACAGUGCCAGAAUGAACACUGGAAUUUGUUCUGAAUAUCUAAGCACUCCAUCUAUAUGUUUGCAGGUGUUUGUGUGUGUUAGUGUGCGUGGCGAUAGAGUAGCUGGAAGAUACCUGGAUUUCUUGAAAUGUCUCUGAAUCGUCUUCAAUUUAGUUUCACCCCCACCCCCGACAUGUUAGUGGCGGGCGAUGCAGGCAAGUUCUCAUGAUUGCAAUUACCUGCUAAUUUUAAGAAGGCACUCAUUUAGCAAUCGACUGCCCUUCUCGAGUGCUGAUGUGUUUCUUUGCCGAGAGAAUGUGGGAGGGUGACGUGAUCAGCGGUAACAUGAUGGCGGGUUGAUACUAGACGGAUGAAGUGGUGAUGUGGCAGAGGAACUGCGGGCUAAAGGUAGAGCAAAGGCAGGGUGAUGGUGUGGGAAACGAGGAGGAAAGGCAGGGUGAUGAUGUGGGAAACGAAUGGCAGAACAGUGAUGAAAGGGAAGAAUGGUAGAGGGAUGAUGAUGGCGUGUUGGAGGAAUGGUGGGCUGAUGGGGUGGUAGAGGGAAGGAAGAGGAAUGGCGUGGCUCAGGGAUGGCACGGCGAGGGCGAAGGAAAGCACGUGGAGCAUUUAUCAUUUAAUAAUUACAAAAAGA